CUGCUAAGCCAAGGUUACUACUGCUGUAUUGUACACGCAACGCAAUCGCGACCAGACCCCAGCAGCCCAAAACCAAUUCACUACCUAUCGAAUUGAAGCCAGUGGGCAAUUUUGCUAUUGUCACAACCGCUACUGGCGGCGAUGUUUACGCAGUCCUGCACCACGAAGAAUCCUUUCUCUUUUCCUGUUUUCAUGCUGGAUUAGCUCUGCAUACUGCCUCAGCUGGCCUCAUGAGCAGCAAGCAGUAGCAGUAACGAUCUGCACCGCCGCUACCACCACCAUCCCUUCCGUUACAUCCACCACCGCGCGCGUGUCGACUUUGACAACUUCUCUGUUUCGGCAUCUGCACGCUGAGGCCCUACUCUCCUUUAGGUACAGCAAGCAUCACACGCCACCAUUCAGUCUGGCUGCCAAGAGCCGUCGAUCGACUCCUGGCAAAUGCUCGACAAUCCCUGAAACAAAACAAGUACCGUCUACCACGAAUCGAAUAACCGAAUUCCAUCAUCUGUGCAGCCUUCUUGGUGCACUGAGGAGCCCCGAGCCCUCACAUGACGACAAACCCCCCGAAUUCGUUUUUGUCAACCUCCUUCCGACCGAUUCACACUUCUCCUCACGAUGCCCUCCAACUCAAACCACCGGUAUGAGGCUCUUCAAGACCUAGCGCCGAUACCGACGUAUGAUGAGGCCAUGGCCGGGAGCAGCGGACCGACUCAAGAAACCCGAUCCCUGCUGCGAACCCAUCAACGCAGCAACUCGACAGCCACCGAUCCCGACAGCCCAGUCCGGUCGCGCCGACAGAAUGGCAAUAAUUACAGACCACCAACGGUGGAGACGGACGACGAGGACAGUUUAUGGGGUUCGGAUGACGGGGAAGGCGAUGCAGCUCAGGUCAGGAGGGAGAUGCAAGAGUUGGAGAUGGAAGAUGAUGAUGACCAUGCCGUUGGGAGGGGUCGUUCCACGAUAUUCGGGAAACGACUAGGCUUCUCGCUACCACGAUGGAAAUGGAGGUGGCAGAUGCCGCGACUCCGGAUACAACUACCGACCGCCAAUGCGACGACUUCAGGGGCCGGUCCCAGCUCGUCGGAAGAGAGUGGCGGAUCGGGCCAAAGGGCGUCAGACCGGUUACUACCAUUGCGCACACUCUGGGAGCGGAUGCCACCAGUGAAUGCUGCACAGAUUUGUCUCGUGUUUGGUCGCAUCUUUGCAAUCUUCCUGAUCCUUGGAUUCUUGUACUUUGUCUUCAUGAGCGACCUCAUGAGAGGCAUGCGCCGAGUCGGAGAAUACAACCCCGAGUCCGUCCGCACGUGGCUCUUGGUUCACGUGAACCCCAACAACAUCCGAGACCACUUGCAACACUUUACGAGCUAUGCCCACAUGGCCGGCACAGAAGGAGAUUACGCGCUGGCCACAGACGUCAAGAACAGCUUCGCGAGCUACGGCCUUGAGGAUGUCUCGGUGGAGGAGUACUACGUUUACGUCAACUACCCUAAGAAGGAUGGCCGCGCAGUGGAGAUCUUGGAUGGCGACAAGAAAGUGCAGUGGUCGGCAAAAAUUGAAGAGGAGGAGCACGCCGCCGAGUCGGCGGGGAGGCAGACAUACGCCUUCCAUGGCCACUCCAAGAGUGGGGUCGUACAGGGACCACUCAUGUAUGCCAACUAUGGAAGCAGAGAGGACUUCAAGAGGCUGUACGACACGGGCAUCGAUACCAAGGGAGCCAUUGCCCUAGUUAGGCAUUACGGCUCUCAGGAGGAUGUGGGGUUGAAGGUCAAGGCGGCCGAGUUGGCAGGUUUCGCAGGCUGCAUUGUAUACAGCGACCCUAACGAUGACGGCUUCAAAUUGGGCGAGCCCGCGCCCAACGGGAGGUAUAUGCCCGAGGACGGAGUACAGCGUGGUUCGGUAUCAUUGUCGAGCUGGCUUAUGGGAGACCCUUUGUCGCCUGGUUGGGAAAGCACAGGGAAGAUUCCAACUCGAUUGGAGCCGGAAAAGUCAAAGGGGCUCGUGCAAAUCCCCAGUAUCCCGCUCGCAUGGCGGGAUGCUAAAGAACUACUCAAGCGACUGCAAGGCUUUGGUGUCAAAACGCCCGAGGACUGGAUCGGAGGUGUGCCCGACGUGAAAGAGUGGUGGACUGGCAACCUAUCUUCGCCCAUCGUGCGGUUGCGAAACGAGCAAGACGAAGUCAAAAAGAAGGAGAUCUGGAACGUCUACGGGCGAAUCAGUGGAUACGAACAGCAAGCCAAGUCCAUCGUCAUCGGCAACCGUCGCGACUCGAUGGCAUUCGGGGCUGCGGGCCCAGGCUCUGGCACGGCCGUCAUGAUGGAAGUGGCGCGCUUGUUUGCUGAUUUGCGCUCACGUGGAUGGGUCCCCAUGCGGACCAUUGACUUUAUGAGCUGGGAUGGAGGCGAGUUCAACAAUGCCGGCUCGACCGAGUUUGUGGAGAAGAAUCUGGACUCGCUGCGCGCCGAUGCAAUGGCCUAUAUAAACCUCGACGAGGCAGUCACGGGGUCGACUUUUCGUGCGUCAGGCUCGCCCUUCUUCCGUCGCCUAAUCCUUCAAGUGCUGCAUCGAAUCAACGAUCCGAUUGCGAACCAGACUCUGCGGGCAAUAUGGGAUGAGCGCAACAGCAAAUUGGAGGGCCUUGGCUCUGCGUCCGACUACGCAGCCUUCCAGAACAUUGCGGGCACCUCUUCGCUUGACAUCGGCUUUACUGGUGUCGGAAAUGCGCACGGCCGACAUCCCCGUAAGUCAAGCUAUGAUGACUUUGAGUGGAUGCAGCGGCAGGGUGACCCUCAGUUUAUAUACCACACCCUGCUGGCCCAGAUACUAGCCAUGAUCAUCAUCGAGCUCGCAGAUCGACCCAUAAUUCCACUGGAUACGGAUGCGUUUGCCGACAGCCUUUCAGCGUGGGCAGACGAGUUCGUCGAAUGGACCGAGAACAAGGGCGCGCACCAGGAUGGCCACCCUCCCUUUGAGAUCAUGAAGCUGCGCGAAGCAGCCGAGUACCUAGCUGCCGAGACGAGAAAGUUUGGCAAGUGGGAGAUCAAGUGGGAAAACAUGGUGUUGUCGACGAGCUCGUACGAGCCCCUCAUCCUUGGGAGGCAAAGGAUGGAGUUCAACGCUCGCAUGGGCCGGCUGGACUCGAACUUGCUUGAUUUUGAUCAACAUGGCGGAGCACCAAACCGCACCCAGUUCAAGCACGUCUUGUUUGGCCCUCAAUUAUGGAACAGUCGGGAGCCAGGAUAUUUCCCCGCCAUACGUGAUGCAGUUGAGGCGGAAGACUGGAAGACGGCUAGUGAAAGGCUCGAGACGGCCGUCAAGAUCAUGAGGGCGGCGGGUCUUGAACUUGAAUCUCCCUCAUGAAAUUAAAUAUAUACAUAUGCUUCCUUUCUUCUCUUUAUUAUUAUUCUUCUUCUAUGUAUCAUCUUUUAUAUUCUAUUUUACCUUUGCCAUGUGCAAAAAUAAAAAAAGGCGGCUCUCUCUCUCUUUCUCUUACAGAUCUUUCUUUUGGUUCGUGUUUCCUGUCUUUUUUAUCCCCUUGCUCAUAGGGCCGUGAACGUUUGUAAAUAAAGCCAGCCAUGCAGCCUCUCUAUUUUUCUUCUUUCUUUUGUUGUCAAAAUCUUCAACGAGAAGAUAAAGAGAUAGGGAAAGCAAGAUGACCACACACCACCGUUUUAGAGGGGUUGCGAGCGAGGGGGAAAAAAGAUGAUGGUGGGCAUGGGCCGAUGACCAACUGUUUUUUUUUUUUCCUCUUGGUCUUUCUUUUUUUUUUUUUUUCACAACUUGAUAGCAUCGGCAUGGCGUUUUUGAACAUGAAAUGUUUAAACUUU